UGUAAAAUCCUCAUCAUUCAUCCACCUUAGUCUCUGUCCUGACCUUCGUUUUAAAAAAAAAUGCAUCAAGCAACCUUAUUUGUGGAUGAGUUUUAUAGAAAACAUUGAAUUGCUUUCAAGAAACAGGAAAAAACUGAUUAGUUUUUAAUAUUUGAUCUGACUAUUAAAGAGAAAAUCCACAGAUUCGGAUCACUGAUCCCAUCUGGCUUUAAGUAUCAGUAUAUAAAUUGAAAUGUUUAUGAAUCAGUUUGCAUCGUCUUGUCAGAUCUUUUUUAUUUAAACUUCUCCAGAGGCAGAAUGUGAACUAGUUGAACUUUAAAUCCACUUUCAGAUCUCCAGGUGGAGAAACUGAUCCUCAGAUUGGGGAUGUGGUGAAGACAGGCACCGAAUAUAACAAGCAGAAACGUCCCUGAAAUGUUUUUAAACAAGACGAGAGUCUCUGAUUGUUAUUGUGUGGAAAUAAAAACCUGCAGCUGCUUCUGGAAGCAACUUCAUCAGGAAACCAGACUAAAAACAUUUUGAAGAAAAAUGCGACAAGCUUUCAUCUUCUACCUCCUCUCAGCUCUCUGCGGUGCGAAAACACUGAUCCAAACCGAAGGAGGAAGCAUCACAGCGAAAUGCUCCUUUACUUUCUCUGGAAGCGGGAAGUGCGUCUGCAGGGAUCCGUGUGAAAACGGAGACGUUCUCAUUGAAACCGAAGCCGCGGAGGCUCAAAAAGGCCGGUACAGCAUCAGAUACACAGAAGGAACCUUUCCUGCUUCUUCCACUGUUCUGUAUGUGAACAUCUCACGGCUGAUCCAGUCCGACUCCGGGCGCUACUGGUGCGGAUUAAAAAGGCGUUUCAUGACUGAUUCACGCCAGGAGUUUAACGUAAAUGUCACAAAUGAUACGAACGGCUACAUUCUGCCUCUGGUUUUAUGUGUCGCCACAUUAUUUGCUGCAGCUGUGCUGCUUCUCUACAAAUGGAAAACAAGGAGGGAAUCUGAUGGUUCGACCAGCAGGGGGCAGUCAAGCAGCAACAGGAGCAACAAUAGGAGAGGGAGAAACACUCAGUUUUCUGCCUCAAAGUUUACAAACCGGACGCCUCCACCUGACGCUCAACAACAACUUUACUAUAACCUCUGAGGCUAACGGCAUUCCAGGAAUUAAAAUAGAUGUUCUCAUUAAUAGACCCAAGUUCUGCACCAGUUCUGCUCACCAAAACAGCAGAAAGGCAUCAGCUGUGAGGAGACAACAAACGGGUUCAGCUCUACAUCCAUUUGUGUCGCUAAACAGAAGAAAAUCUAAACAACUUUCUCAAAGAAAGCUUACAAACUUGAUUUAUAAGCACAUAAUCUUGUGCUUACAAAUAAAGUUUUGUAGCUUAGUGAAAUGAAAUGUCAGAAAUAAAAGUU